GAAUGGCUGACAUAUCGGAAAAGCCUUUGAGUGCAUAGAAGCCGGCAUAAGGUUUAGGCCUUAAUGUUACGUGACGAGAGUGUGUGUGUGUAUAUUUAUGUGUGCUAAGAGCCAUGUAAAUACAAAAGGCAAAUAUAUGUACCACGCACCGAUACAUACAGUGUAGAGCGCACUUACGUUUGCACAAUGAUCAUAGAACCUUUCAAUUGAAGUGUUAAAAUUGACCACUUAACAUCGCUUUAAGGUUAUACGUUUAGACGUUUUUAUACGCUUCCUAAGUGUGCUGAGAAAAAUCGGACUCUCUAUGUACAAAUAUAAAUAAAUAUAACAAUAGAUAAAUAGCAGCAAACAAGCAGAUGCUUCCCGGAGCACGGGAACAUCAGCUGCAAAGUUUGUGGAAAUUUGUGGCAAACCCUCAAGAGAUGAAACCAAAGCCCAAGACAAAGCCAAAUGCCCGGCGCCAGGUGUCCUUGUCCGUGUCCAUGUCCAUGUCAGUGUUCGCUUUGGAUGUCCAUGUUAGACAAUGAAUUUCUUUGGCCAUGACUAUCUGAGCGGAUUUCGACGCAUCGAUCGCAUUGGUUCCACCUAUCGGCCACCGGUCUGGGCCGAACAGGAGUCGUAUCAUCUCAAGGAGGCACUCCUAUGGAAUAGGCGUAAGGGAUCCAGAGUUAGUACCAUAAAUGACUGGCUUCAAAUACAAAUCGGUGGCACCGAGGAUGUCAAGAAGAAAAGGGCCAAGGGCCAGAAUCGCAUCAAGUCCACGAAAUACACAUUGAUCACAUUCCUGCCACAGAAUCUGUUGGAGCAAUUCCGGCGGAUAGCGAACUUUUACUUUCUGGUUAUGACCAUAAUAUCCCUUUUGAUCGACAGUCCUGUGUCCCCUAUGACCUCGCUUCUGCCCUUGGUCUUUGUGAUCGCCGUGACCGCAGCUAAACAGGGUUAUGAAGAUGUCCUUCGUUAUAGGACGGACAAUGUGGUCAAUGCCUCACCGGUGACGGUCAUCCGGGAUGGCAAAGAGGCCAUUAUCAAAUCCGAGGAUGUCGGUCCCGGGGAUCUUGUUGUGGUCGAGCGUGACUGCGAUGUUCCUUGCGAUUUGGUUCUAUUACGCUCCACGGAUCCGCAUGGCAAGUGCUUUAUAACCACGGCCAAUUUAGAUGGUGAGUCCAAUCUUAAGACCCUUCUGGUGCCACGCGACCUGCCCACCGUGGAUCUGUCCGAGAUGCACAAGCUGGGCAUGAUCGAGUGCGAGAGUCCCACCACGGAUCUGUACAGUUUCAAUGGCAAGAUCGAGCUGAAGGGCAGCGAGGGUCGGGUGCUGCCCCUCUCCGCCGAGAAUGUCCUGCUGCGCGGUUCAAGGGUCAAGAACACCGAGUGCGUCAUUGGCUGUGCCGUCUAUACCGGAAUGAUCACCAAGCUGCAGCUAAACAGCAGGCUCACAAGGAACAAGAAUGCCUCCAGCGAGACGUACAUCAAUCGCUUCCUGAUUGUCAUUCUGGUGGCCCUGAUUGCGAUAGUUACGCUGCUGUACUUCCUGAAGCGCUACAAUGAGCUCUUUGUGAUACCUAAGCUGACCUAUUUGGGCGAUGCCACGGACAGCUACAGUGUGAAGCAAUUCCUGCAGGACUACCUGUCCUUCUUGAUUCUCUUCAAUUAUUUGAUACCCAUCUCCCUGUACGUGACCAUUGAGCUGCAGCGCGUCAUUGGCAGCCUUUUUAUGGAGUGGGACCAGGAGCUAUACGAGAGCGAAACCGAUCAGCCGUGCGUGGUGAACACCUCGAACCUGAACGAGGAGCUGGGACAGAUCAACAUACUCUUCUCGGACAAGACGGGCACGCUGACCAAGAACGAGAUGAACUUCCAGCAGUGCUCGAUAGCCGGCAGCAAGUUCCUCUUCAAGAAAACGCGUCUGGAGGAUGAGGAGACCAAGGCCCUUUUGGACAUUAACAAGUUUAAUGCAAACCAGCGCAUCUUCUUUCAGGCCUUGAGCAUCUGUCACACCGUUCAGGUGGCUUCCGGCUCCUUGGAGGAGGCCGAUGCCAGCAAUAAUAAGAAGGAGCCUGCGGCAGGCACAGCGGCGGCGACCAUCAAGUCUGGUCCACCCGAGAUGUACUCCAUUUCGGACAUCACCGAGGAGAGCCACAAUUCUAGUCAGCAGAGCGAGCUCAAUGUGAGUCACACCAUUGAGAAUUCAGUGUCGUCGCAUCCCAACAAUGGCAACUUCACGGCCACCUCCUCGGACGUGAAUCCUCUCCUGGUCUCCGGCGAUGGCUAUGGCGUGGAGCGCCGCAAGCGUCCGGUUGUGGUCAAACGGAGCCCGAAUUUUGCCCGGGCCAACCGUGUGCACAUUGCCGACUCGCCAUCGAUCCCGACUGAGCUAAAUGGCAGUGGUGCCACUAACGGCAUCAGUUCCCAGCCCAACAUACGUCCCAUUUCCUUACAAUUCCAACGCUCUACCUCGGAGCGAGAUCUGCCGCAGUUCGAGGAGGCCAACGCGGGGCCGGCCCUUGGACAUCGACGGGCCCACUCCUAUGGGGCGCCCAAUGCCUACCUCUCUAACCCCUUGGCGGUACCUAGCAGUCCGCCUGCGGGCGUCCUCUUCCGCUCACCCAGCACCGCAUCGCGCGAGUCCUAUGCGGCGCCCACCUUCACACGGCAGCCCACCAUGCUGGUGAGGGCCGAGUCACAACGCCGGAAGAACGAGAUUCGUGAUUUCAUAUUCACCCUUGAUUAUCAGGCCUCCAGUCCGGAUGAGAAGGCUCUGGUAGAGGCUUGUGCCAACCUGGGCAUGGUCUAUACCGGUGACGAUGACGAGGUGCUCCGCGUGCGUAUCGUGCCACCGCACAUGGACUACAAGCGACCGUUUACCAAUGCCAAGCCCAAAGAGGAAACCUUCCAUCGUCUCCAUGUCCUCGAGUUUACCUCGGAUCGCAAACGUAUGAGCGUCAUUGUUAAGGAUGCAGAGGGUCGGAAAUGGAUCUACACGAAGGGUGCCGAGAGCUAUGUGUUCCCGCUGUGCGCAAACAGUUCAGCGGAUCUAGUGACCAAGACGGAUGCUCACAUCAGUGACUUUGCCCGUCUCGGGUUGCGUACACUGGCCAUUGCUCGGCGCCAGAUAGGGGAGGCGGAGUACCAGGACUUCCUCACGGAGUUGGCUCAGGCCAAUAGUUCGCUGGAGAACAGGAAGCAGCUCAGCGAGGAGUGUUACGCCAAGAUCGAAAGCAAUCUUGAUCUGCUGGGAGCCACAGCUGUGGAGGAUGCCCUGCAGGAUGAUGUGGCCGAUACCCUGGUCUCGCUGCAGGCGGCGGGUAUCAAAAUCUGGGUGCUCACCGGCGACAAGGUGGAGACGGCCCUGAACAUAGCGCUAUCCUGCGGUCACAUACCGCCCGAUGCCAAGAAGUACUUCAUCAUUGAUUGCAAGAACCGAGAGGAGAUGCUGCUGCACCUGAACGCCCUGGACAGGGAGAUUAUAUUCGGCAUUGGCCAGGAGUGUGCCCUGCUCAUCGAUGGCAAGAGUUUGGGUGUGGCUUUGGCUGAGGUCAGCUCUGAGUUCCGGGACGUGGCUGUCAAGUGUACGGCAGUACUCUGCUGUCGCCUUAGUCCGCUGCAGAAGAGCGAGGUGGUGUCACUGAUCAAGUCCUCCAAUGAGAACUAUAACACGGCCUCCAUUGGUGAUGGGGCCAACGAUGUGUCCAUGAUCCAGGAGGCGCAUGUGGGCAUUGGGAUCAUGGGUCGCGAGGGAAGGCAGGCGGCACGCUGCGCGGACUUUGCCUUUGCCAAGUUCUGUAUGCUGAAGCGGUUGCUCCUGGUCCAUGGUCACUAUCACAGCGUCCGGCUGUGCCUGCUGGUGCUGUACUUCUUCUACAAGAACAUUGUCUUUAUGGGCAUCAUGUUCCUGUUCCAGUUCCAUACGCUGUUCUCUUCAUCCUCCGUGUACGACUCGCUCUUCCUCACCCUGUACAAUGUGAUAUAUACCUCGCUGCCCAUCCUGUUCAUAGCCAUCACCGAAAAGCCCUACACCGAGGAGAAGCUGAUGCAAACGCCGCAGCUGUACAAGAAGAACACGGACAACAAGCAGCUCCAUUGGCCAUUCUUCCUCAUGUGGAUGCUGUUCGCCAUCUACCAUUCGGUGAUCAUCUUCUACUUCGCCUUCUGCCUGUUCUCGUACAACAAUGUGAUCCUGAACUAUGGCCAGACGGUGGCGUUUUCCUGCUUCGGUACCCUGCUCAUGUGGACCGUGGUGGUUGUGGUGAACCUCAAGCUCUGGCUGGAGUCCAUGUACCUAUCCUUCUGGUACAUAUUCACCAUUGUCAUUUCCAUUUUGGGCUUUGUGAUCACCACGGUUAUCUACAACGUUAUCAACCUGGACUACGACACUGAUAUCUACUGGGCCUACAACAAUUUGCUGGCCUCGUUGCCGGUCUGGCUGUGGAUAUUGCUGACAAGUGUGGCCUGCCUGGUGCCUGACUUCACCAUCCGGAUGCUGCAGAGGGCUCUGAACAUCAAGCACUUUAGUAUCUUUCCCGGCAAACAGCGAAAGAUGAAGAUGCGCGAAAAGGCCGAGAAUACGUACUUGUAGAACCCUCUAGGCUAUAGUUUUUAUACUGCUAAUUUAUUUAUUUCCUUUCUAUGUGUACAUAUU